ACCAGUAACAAAAACAUCAACCAAAACAACAAGUCACGUCAAGAAGGCUGCUCCCCAAAAAGUUUAAAAUUUGUUCAUUCCAUUUAUAAUUUAGCCUUAAAAUUAUUUGAAAAAGACUAUACAAGUGAAAUAGUGUUGGAAAUUUAUGAAUCAAAAGUAUUUUGUCCAAGAACAAGAUCCUAAGUAUUACUACAAAGUCAUUUUUAACAUACUACAGCAACAAACAUGCCUGAAAUGGAAGUAGAAACUACCACCACCACAGAGAUUGCCGAUGAAAAACAAAAGAAGUCUAACAAUGAUGCUAUUUAUGAUCCUGCAUUUUUACCUGAUAUGUUGCCUGUUUACUAUCGACGAUUGUUUCCGCACAAGCCAUUCUACAGAUGGCUUUCAUAUGGUCUAUCUGAGGAGGGCAUCUUUGCUAAUCGUGAAAUUUCAUUUACCCUACACGAUGAUAUUUACAUACGUUAUUUGUGUUUUGAAACACAAAUCGAAUUUGAAAGGGAAUUGUGUAACCGUUGCCCAUUUAAAAUCGAUAUUGGAGCUGUUAUGAAUACAAGACCUAAAAAUAAUCGUGUAUCGGCAGCCGCCAUGGCGCCCGUGCAGCGUGAACUUGUUUUCGAUAUCGAUAUGACCGAUUAUGAUGAUGUUCGUACCUGUUGCAGCGACAAAAGCGUAUGCCAAAAAUGCUGGAAAUUUAUGGCAAUUGCAGCCAAUAUUCUAGAUGCAGCCAUCAAGGAAGAUUUCGGUUGGGAACACAUUCUCUGGGUAUUCUCCGGUCGUCGUGGUAUACAUUGUUGGAUAUGUGACUAUGAGGCUCGUCAUUUGGAUACACAAGGUCGCUCUGCUGUUGCUGAGUAUUUGCAAAUUAUUAGUCAUGCCAUGGGUUCGAAUGGUAGCAAUGUGUCACGUGUCUACAUAGGUGACCGCAUGCAUCACAGUGUCAAAAGAGCAUUUCAAAUAAUUGAACCCAUGUUCGAGGAGGUCAUUUUGAUCGAUCAAAACCUAUUCAGUUCACCCAAGGGCAUUGAGAAAUUGUGUCAAUUUAUACCAGAUGAAAUGGCCCGAAAAGAAACCGAACAAUUUUUGUUAAACAACUUGGAAGAUGGAGCGCCCGCCCUUAAAGUUUGGGAGGCCUUUAAGCGCUACGCGCAUACAAUGCGCUGUAAUGCCACACAAUCUGUGUGGUCCCGUCGCCUGAAGAAUAUUAUCGAAGAGAUACAAUUGGCAUGUAUGUAUCCGCGUUUGGACAUCAAUGUAACCAAAGGUUUUAACCAUUUGCUGAAGGCCCCCUUUUGCAUACAUCCUGCGACGGGAAAAGUUUGUGUACCCUUCAAUGCAAGUGCUGCGGCGAAAUUUAAUCCCACCAUGGUACCAAAUAUUGCCCAACUAUUGCAGGAGAUCAACACAUUCGAUGAGAAGAAGAAGAACGAAGAGGAGACUGAUGAAAAAUCUCGCAUAAAAGACUACAAGAAGACCAGCAUGUUUAAGGGGGUGGUGGUGUUUGAGGAAUUCCUUCGAAAAUUGGAGACUGGUUUAAAGGCUAAAGCGGUCAAACUGAAUGAAAUGAGAAUGGAUUUUUAGUACAAAGCCAAAGUAGUAGUAGAUUUAAGACAAUAAAGUUAUGAAAAUACCAAA